AUGCCAGGCAAGGGACACAACGACAGCGACCAGCUCAUGUCGCGCCCUAGGGGCUCUGCCAGCGACGCGGGACACCGGGGUGCCCGGGAAGAGAAGCCGUGGCAGCAGCAGGGCGCUAGCGGGGCACAGCGAGGAGCGGCGGAGGGACAAGCGACAGCUGCUCCCCGGCAGCCGCCGCGGCCCCACGGCUGCCGGCCCUUCCCAGCGCCCCGACACCGCGGCGGGCAGCCCUCGAAACAUAAGCAUCGNGAGGACGAGGAGGAUGAGCCCUCCGCUGAGGAGGAGGUUGUUGACCUCUCGCUUGAGUGGAUCCAGGAGCUGCCCGAGGACCUGGACGUCUGCAUUGCUCAGCGGGACUUCGAGGGGGCGGUGGACCUCUUGGAUAAACUGAACGAGUACCUGGCGGACAAGCCCGUGAGCCAGCCCGUGAAGGAGCUGCGGGCCAAGGUGGACGAGCGCGUCCGGCAGCUCACGGACGUGCUGGUGUUCGAGCUGUCCCCGGACCGCUCGCUGAGGGGAGGCCCGCGGGCCACCCGCCGAGCCGUGUCCCAGCUCAUUCGCCUGGGCCAGUCCACCAAGGCCUGCGAGCUGUUCCUGAAGAACCGGGCGGCCGCCGUGCAGACGGCCAUCCGGCAGCUGCGCAUCGAGGGCGCCACGCUGCUCUACAUCCACAAGCUCUGCCAUGUCUUCUUCACCAGCCUCCUGGAGACGGCCAGGGAGUUUGAGACGGACUUCGCCGGCAACAACGGCUGCUACUCGGCCUUUGUUGUCUGGGCCCGCUCGUCCAUGAGGAUGUUUGUGGAUGCCUUCAGUAAGCAAGUGUUCGAUAGCAAGGAGAGUUUGUCAACUGCGGCAGAGUGUGUCAAGGUAGCUAAAGAGCACUGCAAGCAGCUGAGCGAGAUUGGACUGGAUCUCACCUUCAUCAUUCAUGCCCUCCUGGUAAAGGAUAUCAAAGGUGCUUUACAGAGCUACAAGGAUAUCAUCAUCGAGGCCACCAAGCACCGCAACUCUGAGGAGAUGUGGAGAAAGAUGAACCUGAUGACUCCAGAGGCGCUGGGGAAGCUCAGGGAGGAGAUGAGGAGCUGUGGGGUGGGCAAUUUUGACCAAUACACGGGUGAUGACUGCUGGGUCAACCUCAGUUACACUGUAGUAGCUUUCACUAAGCAGACUAUGGCCUUCUUGGAGGAAGCCUUAAAGCUUUACUUUCCAGAGCUGCAUAUGGUUCUUCUGGAGAGUCUCGUGGAAAUCAUCCUGGUGGCUGUCCAGCAUGUCGAUUACAGUUUACGGUGUGAGCAGGACCCUGAGAAAAAAGCAUUCAUUAGGCAGAAUGCCUCUUUCCUGUAUGAAACUGUCCUUCCUGUUGUGGAAAAAAGGUUUGAGGAAGGGGUUGGAAAGCCAGCCAAGCAGCUACAGGAUCUGAGAAACGCCUCAAGACUGAUGCGUGUAAAUCCGGAAAGUACCACCUCUGUGGUGUGAAGUGAACCUGUUCCUGGGAACAAGGUGGCAGCACUUACUGAAGAUGUUGUACAUUGAACUAAGCAGGGGUUUUUUUGAGUCCCUGAAAGAUGCAGAACUCUUAUUUGCUGCAUUCCAGAAGCUGAAGACUUUGAAUCAAUGCCUGCAAGCGUGCAAUGCUUUACCUGGUGGAUGGGGUGUAGGGAAGUGAUAAGGUGGAGGUCACAUCUCCUUGGAGAGCGUAUCCUGUACAAAGGGUUUGUGUAGUAUUUGUGACUUGGGGAAUUACUGUAAUACACAGAUUUUGGCCAAUUGUUUGUGGAAGUCUUAAAUACAUCUGCAGCAGAUGGCAGGAAAAGAUCAAUUCUCAUCAUGUCACUGUAGCAAUUUUUUUUUAAGGCAGUGUUCUGGGGAAGUGCUGAAGCAUUCCCAGGGUGUGGUAUUCAGUAAGGCACAUCCACCAGAUGUGACUCAGCACUGCACCUAAAUGACAUGCAUUUGCACAGUGUGAUUUUUGUAGUAGCAAUGCAGACUUUUCUUCAACGUUGAGGUUAUUUUCAUUCAUUUCAGAGGCAGAUUGAAAUAAAAAUGUUUAUAUAGUUUUUGGUGUUGGGGUGAAGGGGCUUCUUCUGUUUAAUAAGCUGGCCUGUCAGCCUAAAUUACAGCUGUCUGAAAACAAACCUGCUGUCAGAACCAUUUGUUCCCUUCAAGAGAAGUGAGAAUAAAUUGCUUCCCUUCCUCUUUA